ACUGUGAGCGAAAAAGGACAAAAACAAUUAAGCUAACGUUACUCUCAUUUUUUCUUAGUGUAAAAGCCAAAAAAAAAAAAAAAAAAAAAAAGAAGCUAAUUUUACUCUCAUUUUUGCUUUCAUACUUGCAGUGUUUUGAUUUGGGUGUCUUGCACUGACAUGACCUUGCAAAAGUAUUAUACGCUUUCAUUUUUGUUGUUUACAUUUUCUCAUUUUACAGCCGCUGACUUUAUUGUUUUAUAUAUUGGAAUUGUCCAUGUAUUAUAUGUGUGACAAAAAAAAAUGCCAGAAUGCUUUGAAACGAUCCUAUCAAUGAUUUGAAAAGUGUUGCAUACAUUUUUAUACUUUGUAGAAGCGCCUCUGUCUUAGAGACUGAAACUUUUGCCCACUCCUAUUGCGAAAUAGCUGAAGCUCAGUCAAACUGGACAGCAUCAGUGAUCGUUUUUCAAAUAUUUUCACAUGUUCUUUUUGAAUCCAUUAACAUGUUUUUAAUACGCAUGUAAACCCAUUCUGUUGUUCCUCUUUCUCAGCUAAAAAAUGUCUUUUGCUGCUUCUGACAGGAUUGUCCUCCAUUCAUCUCAACUCUGGCUAGUUUUCAUUUCCCUGCAUCAAGAUAACCAUCCCCACUUCACGAUGCUACCACAAUUUAGCACUUUCAUGAUUGCUUGUCUAAGAGAGAGCGGUGCUGCCUUAGUGUGACAGCGCAGGGAGGGCUAAACAUCUAUGAAAAAGAUUUUGUCCAUUCCUCAUGUCGGCCUGGCUGGUGACAGUAUCAACAUCCAUGGAGAACAAGACGUCUAAGGAGCAUCCUAUUGGUGUGGAGAAGCGGUGACUACUCUUGUCUCCAACGUGAUGAAGGAGAUUCUCACUACGUUUUAAGCGAUUGCCACAGCAGCCUUGCCCACAGCAACCUUUGCCCCCGGCCCUGAUAGCUGAGAAGCUCGGGCACAGCAUCUAUAAAGGAAUCGAGCUCAACUUAAAGUAUCUGAGCGGCCAGAUUUGGAGGAAGGAAGUCCUCUCCGUGCAAAUGGCAGGCCGUCCAGUGACAGUAACGGUUGGAACCGUUUGGAAGCUUCAGUUGAACCCGUCACCCCCAACGCCCAUCAGACUGUCAGUUGGAGCUGUAAUCACCUGGACUUGCCUCACUGUGACUCGAGUGACCUUUGGCAUUGUGUAUUUCAGGGACUGCCCUCAGCAGCCGAACAUUCCCAACUAUCUGCUGGGGUUGGCUUUGAUUCCCCUGCUCAUGAUUCCCUUCGUGACUCUGCCCUGUGAGAGCUAUGGCGCUCAGACAAGAGAACGUCCCAGAGGUUUCAAAGCAUGCAUGGAGGGUUUUAUUGGCCUGUUUAUCUUCAUAUGGUCUCUUUUAGGUGAUGUGUGGGUUUUCUCGGUCUAUCAACCAAACUACGACCCCUCUGCCGCUGAUGGCCUUUACUGUAAUAAAACCCUGUACACGUUUGCCUUCUGGAACGCCAUAUUUGAGACGUUUGGAUUUGGAGUCCUCCUGGCCAAGUUCUGCAAAGGAAUGCUGUGCUAUGUUAACAUGAGUCCAGUAGACAGAGAUUUUUACGGGAAUGUAUGAGGUAUUGUAAAGAUAAUGUACGCUUUUAUUUAUGUAAAAAAACAAAUGUGGCAACAUCGUGGUUUGUAUCUGAGAAACUAGCAUAUUGAUUUUGAUUAUUGUUGUGUCUAUUCAGUAAACUCAAUGCAAUAUGAAUAUGAAUUAAACAAGUUUUUAAUGAA